UGUAGCACUCAGUCGUUCUGUGAUCCACUCCCGAAAAGCAAAACAGGAAAAGGCGUCAGGUGGAUGAAGCUGGCACUGCUCCCUGCUCUUCUUUGAGAGCUGAGCUGUUUUUAUCCCCUUGCCAGACUCUCCCUCCAACACCGAAUGGAGUUUGCGGAAUUGAUAAAGACCCCCCGGGUGGACGGUGUGGUCUUGCACCGGCCCUUUCUCCCCACCGUGGAGGGAACUCUGUGUUUAACUGGCCACCACCUUAUCCUGUCCUCACGCCAGGACAACACCGAGGAGCUCUGGCUGCUUCACGCCAACAUCGACACUAUUGAGAAAAGGUUUGUCGGCUCUCUCGGCUCAAUUGUUGUGAAAUGCAAGGACCUGCGGAUUAUCCAGUUGGACAUACCUGGCAUGGAGGAGUGUCUCAACAUUGCUAGCUCCAUUGAAGCAUUGUCCACACUCGACUCCGUCUCCCUGAUGUAUCCUUUCUUCUACCGGCCCAUGUUUGAGGUCAUUGAUGAUGGGUGGCACUUGUUCUCACCAGAAGAGGCUUUCAGAGAUCUGGAAUCGAUGACCGAUGAGUGGAGACUUAGUGAAGUGAAUAAAAACUUCAACGUUUGCCCCUCCUACCCUUCAUUGGUGGCUGUACCCAGGGAAAUGGAUGAUGACACUCUGCGCAAAGCUGCUGCUUUUCGUCACGGCGGACGCUUCCCGGUGCUCAGCUACUACCACAAGAAGAACGGCAUGGUGAUGAUGCGAGCAGGACAGCCUCUGAUUGGUACAAAUGGACGCCGCUGUAAGGAAGACGAGAAAUUGAUCAACGCUACGCUGCGUGCAGGGAAACGUGGUUACAUCAUCGACACGCGCACUGUUGCUGUAGCCCAGCAGGCGAAGGCCCGUGGAGGCGGGUUUGAGCAGGAGGCAAAUUACCCACAGUGGAGGAGAAUCCACAAAGCUAUUGAGAGGUCCAGUAUUCUACAAGAGAGCCUGAUCAAGCUGGUGGAGGCGUGUAACGACCAUUCGAACAGCAUGGACCGCUGGCUAAGCAAACUGGAGGCUUCCAACUGGCAGGGCCAUGUUAAAGAGAUCCUCACCACUGCGUGCCUGGCUGCUCAGUGCAUUGACAGAGAGGGUGCGUCAGUGCUAGUCCAUGGGACAGAGGGAACGGACUCCACACUGCAGGUCACUUCUUUAGCUCAGAUCAUCUUGGAUCCAGGCUGCAGGACAAUCCAUGGCUUCCAGGCCCUCAUGGAGCGCGAGUGGCUGCAGGCAGGUCACCCGUUCCAGCAACGCUGUGCUCAGUCUGCCUUCUCGAACGGGAAGCCGAGGAGUGAAGCACCUGUGUUCUUGCUCUUCCUAGACUGCGUGUGGCAGAUCCUGCGACAAUUUCCUUGCUCCUUCCAAUUUAACGAACACUUCCUGGUCACGUUGUUUGAACACGCUUACGCCUCCCAGUUUGGCACUUUUCUGGGAAACAGCGCUGCUGAAAGGGUGAAGUUGGAGCUCUGUCAGAAGACCGUGUCCCUGUGGUCAUGGAUGAACAGGCCUCAGGAGCUGGAGCGCUUCCUUAACCCUCUCUAUGAGGCCAACAGUCUUGUGAUCUGGCCAUCUGUAGCUCCGCAGAGUCUGCUGCUGUGGGAGGGUGUGUUCCUACGCUGGAAUCGUUCAACCAAGUGUCUGGAUGAGGCGUACGAGGAGAUGGUCCAUAUUAUCGAAUACAAUAAGGAGCUACAGAUUAAAGUGAACGGCCUGAGGAGACAGCUAGCUCAACUAGAGACGGAGGACGGCCCUCUUCAGAGUCCAUAGACGCGCAUCCUGACCUUACUGAGAAAGCUGAACGGAGUCUUUUGAGUUCCUAUUCAGCACUACUGAAAUUUAUUCUGACCCAUGUAUGUAUACGCACGCGCACACCUUCACACACAUCACGUCUGCUCGGUUAGAGUCAAACUGUCUAAACUCACUCAAACGAAGGCUACGAGAGCAAUUGUGGCUGUCGUAGCGAUUUUCAUACACUAAGUGAAGCUUAUCGAGACAAGCGGCCAGUUACUUGACACGUAGGUGGUUGGAUGUGAGCGGCUCUACCAAAUCGUGCAAUUAUUUUUACUUUUUUCACAGUAACGAAGACCUGUGAUGGUCAGUAUUUGCCCAAAAGCAGUUUACUCUGAAAUAGUUUUGUUGUAGAACAGUAGUGAAUAAUUAUUUCAGCGUAAAGAAAAUAAUUUUAUAAGGGAAACAAUACUUGCGUUAGUUUGGGAAGCAGGAACUGUACAGUAAAAAGUGCUGCGGUGUCCUAAAGCGUAUACGUACAGUACAUGGUGGUAAUCAGGAUUAACAGGAAAUUCUGGUGUUUUGUUUUUUUUAAACCCAGGCUCUAUUUUCUCAUCUGUUUGCUUCCAGAUUUUCACUAGGGACAAAAACGAGUGAAACCAAUCCAGUGCUGAGUUACAACCACCUGUAGUCGACUAUCACAUGGGGGCUGGAAACUCUGGCUCAGUAAAUAGGGACAGUCAUUACGUUCAAAUGCCUCGUCCAUAUUGUCGUAAGCAGCUCAAUAUCCAGACGUUAUUUUGGAAAUGAACUUCAUUCUGCACGACGACUUCUCCUUUCGUAAAUCAGGAAACAGCCCCCGUGUGAUAAUCAGCUGAAUGGGUGAAUAGGUGCUGUGCCAGAGACUGGAAAGGUGAAACAAUGACUGUAGAAAAAGAUACUGAGGUAAAGACAGACGUGUUUAUCCCCAUAGGGAUUCUUUCCAUGUUGUUGGAUACUAAUAAUAACGUUAUGCAGAGUUCACUAGUUCAAAUCCCAAUUAUGCCACAGCUGUCUGUAGCCAGGAGCCCAAGAGAGCAGAAUUGGUUUGUGCUCUCAGGGAGGGAGGGGCGGCAGCGGCGGCGGCAUACUUUCUCUUUCCUGUCAAAUACAGCGAUGCUCGCCAAUCAUAGGCAUCUCUGAGCUCGUGCAUAUGGAAGUCGGCGGAUAGCACUUUCCUCAGUAUGUGUUACGCCGCCCCCAAAUGUUGCAUAAGCAGCAGUUUCUCGGAGGAAGCAUGUGAUGAACAUCCAUCCAUCCAUCCAUUCAUUCAUCCAUUUUGCCAUAUCACUACAGUGAUGUGGCCGCUCUGACGGCUUCAGCCAUCAAAGUGUCUAGGGAACGUUACAGUAGUGGUUUCCCGUUGCCUUCUACUGGAUUAUUAUAGAGGUUUUCUCCUCUCAGCAAUUUACACGGACAAUUUAGAGCCACCAGUUAGCCUAACCUGCAUGUCUUUGGACUGUAGGAGAAACCAGAGCACCUGGAGGAAACCCACACAGACACAGGGAGAACAUGCAGGUUCCACGCAGACCGCUGGGCUCGAACCCAGAACCUUCUUGCUGUGAGGCGACAGUGCUAACCACUACACCACCGUGCCACCUGUGAUGACCAUCACCCUCCCUGGUUUGUAGCUGUCGUGUGAUAGGGCAGACCUGUCUGGUGGGUGGGAAUUGACCAUAUCUAAAUGAGGAGGAGGUUUAUUUGGACGUGGAUCUAUUUUGCGGUUGCCAGUUAUCGCGUUUCUUUCUCUUUCCUGGACGGAUUUUGAUUGUUUUUGUUCCUAAUAAAAAUUUGGACCCAGAAAGAUGGCAAAAUAAGGCCCAGGUUUUAAAAAAAAAAAAACAAAAGGCCGAGUUUCCCUUCAAGCAAAGCACCUAUGAAAAGAAAAUGUGUCGUAUAGAGUAAGAAUACAUUCUCGUGUGUUGGUUGCAGUUAAUGUUCCAUGCUUUAUUGUUGUUGUUCACUUUGCUGCAGUGUAAUUCUUAAGACACGGCCAAACGUUCUGACCGAGCCUAGCAAGCAAUCAUUUUUCAUUCGUCGUCGUCUUAGAAAGCCUCCUUAAAAUAAAUAAACAAACAUUGUCAUUCCUUGCUGUUGCAGUGUUUCACACUAAAAAUCGAAAAGCCGUACUUAAGUACAAGUCUAUCGUGUCUGUGCUGUAGACGUUGCACAUUAAACACCUCGUUAACGUGGUAGUGAAUAAUCCUGCUCUUGCGUUAUAUUCCAGAUAACGGUUUAAAACCAGGCGCUUAAAAUGCUAAGCUAUUUUAGACAUUUCUGUCGUCACAACCUGUAUGUAGGACACAUCGUUUUCACAGCUAGGCCGUUUUGCUUAGCCACUUGGCGAGUGUUUGCAUUUCUGAUAUUACCCACACCCACAUGGGUUGUUCACAGAAUUCUCUCCCAAUCUCGUCUGGCUUCAAGCGCAGAAUUCGAAAUGUAGCGUUGUCGAUGGCAACAGGCUGAAGACAGGUUUUUCGACUCGCAUGUUAACCAAAUAAUUUGUACUUUACUGUACAUUUUCACUGUUUACCCAAAACAUGCUUUUUCCUUCAGAUGUAAUGUUUGUCUUUUUUUUUUUUCUUUUUUAAAUGUCUUUUCAGUGCAAUGCUUUUUUCUGAGAAUGAACAUGCCGUUUGUACCUAAUUUCACUGGUUCGAUGUCAGUGAUUAAUGCAUAUCACAUGGUGACGUACAUUUAACUGUAGUUUUAUUUUAUAUUCAUUGGGCAUUGAAUGUUCUGUAGGUGGUUUCAUAUAAAACAUGAUUAAAUAAACUCUUAAUAAAGUUAUAA